AUGCCAUCCUCGACGUCCUCCACCCUCGGCUCCGUCUCUCCCCCCACCUCCACCUCCGACUCAGGCUCGGGCUCAGGCUCGGGCUCGGGCUCGGGCUCGGGCUCCACCCCGACCCUCGCCGCGUCCACCAGCACCGUCACCCCCGCCGCCUUCAUCACCACCCCCACCCUCUCCACCACCCGCCUCGCCACCCAGCCCUCCUCCUUCUCCGCCCUUGCCGCCGCCGCCGCCGCGGGGCCAGCCACAGGCGUCGGCGCAGGUGCCACAGGCGCAGGCGCGCGCGCACCGCCGCUCCCGCCCGCGCCUCCUCCCCCGGCGUCGCUGUCCAGCCGCAUGCCCGUCACCCCCGCCGUCCUCCGCGCCAUCUUCGCCUCGUCCCGCUCGCCCGCCGAAGAGCGCUCGCUCUCGCGCGUCGCCUUCUUCCGCUUCACAGGCUUCCUCGUCAGCUGCCUCGCCAUCAGCCUCGUCGCGAACCGCGGUCGCGGCAUCCGCACCGGCGCCGCUCUCCUCGGCGUCGGCACCGCAUGA